AUGGACCUCACAGAACGAAUUAAUCUAUUGCCUGAUACUGUUAGACGUCAAAUUUUGCAAGCGGUGUGCGGAAACAGCUCUAGUCCGCAUACGACGACUCCCCCAGAUGCGCGUCCGGUGGCUGUGAAUCAUGCAAAGGAUUUGAGCAGACAUGUUGAAGCAUUACGCUCAAAGUCUUCUCUUCCGGCACAUGGAAUCUUGCCGGAAAUCCGACUGACGGCAGGCGUCUGCAUCGUGGACGACUUCAUUCCUCAAAAACAUGUCAAGGAGGCGCUAGUAUGUGCCCAGCAGGCGCUGUCUGAGGGCGCCCAGCAGGCCGCCAUUGGGGGUGCGCUGCCGCUGGCUUCGGCCGGGCGGCAGGUGGACACGGCGUCCCGCGGCGAUAUCAUGCGGUGGCUGCGCCCCUGUGAGGAGGUUUCCUCGGGUAGAGGGCCGCUGGCUGCACUGCUGGAGAGGAUGGAGGCGCUGAGGAGCCAGCUGGAGAGACAGGGCUACUCUGUGGGCGGUCGACCCACCUUCCAGCUAGCGAGCUACCCGGGGGGGGGGACCCGCUACGUCCGACAUUGCGACGCCUCACUCAGCUGCCCGACACGCACCCUCACAGCCAUAGUCUACCUCAACGAACCGUACUGGGAGCCACAGGUCGACGGCGGCUGCCUGACGCUGUACAACGUGCCGUACACGGGGCCUCUCCGCGGCUGCGGCCUGGCGAUGGGCGAGCCGGCGACUGUGGUGGCUCCGUUGGGGGGUCGCCUGGUGGUGUUUGAGUCGCACCUUUCCCACGAGGUCCUACCUACGUUCCGGAACAGGUUGUGGGGUUGGUUGGGCAGUUGGUUGGGUUGGUUAGUACAACGCAAUGCAUGGCAUUGCACUAUGACCGUAUCCAGCUUGUUCAGCCAGGCGGACCAUCCGGAGCGAGUGCGGGUGGGCGUCGUGUGGCAGAUCGACGCGAACACGGAGUCCUCCUUCGCGGCUGUGGCUGGCUCACGAACACAUCCGGACUGGCUGAGCCAGGUGGUGAUGUGGGUUGGGGUAAGGCAGGUCGUACUGCCGUACCAGGACGCUGAAGGGCCCUGCAAGGCCCGCGCCCUUGCUCAAUCGCUGUGGUCAGGGGAGGAGUUCGUACUGCAGCUUGACUCACACAUGAGGAUGAUUCGCGGCUGGGACACCGCUUGUAUACAGCAGCUGGAGGCAGCGGAGAAGAUGUCGACCACAGGUAAGGCUGUGCUGUCCACCUACCCUUUGGGCUACAGUGGCGCGGGUGCGGCGGCCAGUGUGCCGGACGAGGCCUCCGCACCCGCCACCCUGCUGUGCGCCAACAGCUUUGGACCCGAUGGCUUCCUACGUACCAUGGGUAGGGUCCUUCGACAGCGACCGGCCGCGCCGCUUCCCACUUACUUUUGGGCCGCUGGACUUAGCUUUACCCGGGCUCGGUGGCUGCAGGAGGUGCCGUACUGUCUGCACCUGCCGCACCUGUUUUUCGGCGAGGAGUCCUACAUGCUGGCCCGUAUGUGGACCCGGGGCUGGGACGUGUUCGCUCCAGCUGUACCGCUGGCGUUCCACCAGUGGGAGAGGUCAGCCCGUCAACACACAUAUCAACGAGACUUGAUGGGGGGCAGGGGGCAAGUGUCGAAAGGCCGUCAACAGGGCCAGGGCCAGGGAACGGAGGCGCGGGAACGGCACGAGCAGGAGGAGAAGGGAGAACAAGUGGAGCAGGUGCAGGCGGGUGGUGCAGUCUUGGGUUCGGCAAGGAGUGAUAGGGAGAGUGAAAGCGGCGAGGACUGGGUUGUGACGGCAGGUGCACCGGGAAACGGCACAGCGGCCGCUACGACUGCAGCUUGCCCUCGGCUUUUGGCUGCCACAUCCGAGGCGGCUGCCGCAGCAGCACGUCAGCGUAGCCAGUCCCGUGUGUUGUACGUGCUGCGGUCCGGCGCCAAGGCCUCGCCUACUGCUGCCGCUUCGGCAUUGGCGGCGGAUGCCUUAGUGGGAGUGGCCGAUGGCACCACCCUUCAUGGGGUAGGGUUAAAAGCUUUUGACGUGGCCGCGGCGAUAGCAAGCAGCGGUCGGAGGGAUGUGGGAGGCGAGGGCGAUAGCAAGGAUGGGUGGGCGGUGGGGCAGGUGUGGGGCUUGGGGACGGAGCGGUCGCUUGCAGAGCUGGCGGAGGCUAGUGGAGUGGAUUAUACUGCUAGGGUUGUGUCGGCACGUGCAAAAUGGGGUGGCUUAUCGGAGAGCGCGUUCCAGGCAUGA